CAAACAUGGGAUAGUUAAAUAUAGUAGCAAAAACAUCCUACGCGACGGGAGCCGCCAAAGCUAAGCAAACCACAUUGGAACCAUCUCCCAAGGACCAUGAACGGCUGCAUCAUUGUUCAAGCUCUUCCACCAGGCGCCAUUGAUUUCCUGUCGAUUCUGCUCUUUGCUUUGGACUUCCUACUUAAUGCCAUAGACUAGCUUAUUUGAAUAAGACUAGUACAGAGGACCUGCUAUGCAAACUCUGCGAAAACUGCAAGUUUCCAAUAUCCGGCCAUCUCGUCUCUUCCUGCAGUCUUAUCAGAGCCCUCCAAUGGGGUCCAGGCUUCUGAGCUUUUUGGAAAAGUUUCGUCCCAACGUAUCUCCAAGAGAAAACGAGAACGAGGAGUUUUUCCGGUAUACGACCGGACGAUGGCUCUGGCAAGAGAAGGAGCAAAUGCUUCAGCGAUAUCGAAAGUUCGAUGUCAACGAACUGAAAGUUCUCGCAGCACGGACACUGGGCUUAACUAAUAAAUGCAUUAAAAUGUCCAAAAUCGGGGAAGGGAACUACAAUAAGGUUUUUCGUCUCCAGAUGGAAGAUGGGACGACGGUAAUCGCCAGAAUACCUCACCCGAACGCUGGCCCAGCAACAUACACUACGGCAUCCGAGGUGGCAACUAUGGAGUUUGCACGAUCUGUCCUAGGGAUUCCCGUACCCAAGGUCUUGACCUGGUGCGCGACAUCUGAAAACCCUGUGGGCUCCGAAUAUAUUCUUAUGGAGGAGGCAAAAGGCAGACAGCUUACCGAGGUUUGGGGUGAUAUGGAAUUGGAGGACAAGAAAAUCAUCAUAGAAGAUAUCGUGGCCCUGGAGCAAAAACUGCUUUCGGUUUCGUUCAGUUUGCUUGGUUCGCUCUAUUUUGCAGAAGACUCCUUCCCCGGAUGCGAAGCUGCGGAGGUGUCGAGUGACGUCCCGACCGACCUUAAAGACGACGUGAGGCGAAGAUUUGUGAUUGGACCUACUGCAUUGAGAGAAUUCUGGGAGAAUGAGAGAUCGCAACUGUCGACAGACCGUGGCCCUUGGAAGUCCGCAAGGGACUAUGUGGAAGCUAUUGCCCACCGAGAUAUAGCGUAUAUCAGCCAAUAUUCAUCCUCCGCCGCAACCUCAGUACCUGGCUAUUUGAAACAAUCAAAAGCUCAACUAUCGCCUGAAGAGCAUAUCAAACUGCUCAAUAGGUAUCUCGCUGCAAUCUCCUAUCUCAUCCCAAGCGAUCCAGACCUAGUCCGUCCGGUGCUCUGGCAUCCCGAUAUUCACGAUGGCAAUAUUUUUGUCCAUCAAGGCAAAAUAUCCAGUGUGAUCGACUGGCAAUCUAUCUGGGCAGGGCCUUUAAUCUUGCAAGCCCGUACCCCCCGACUAAUUGAUUACCACGGGGAAAUAAAGUUAAAGCUUCCGGAAAAUUUCAAGGAGCUAGACAAAGAUGAGAGAUCGCGGGUGAGAGACCAAGUCUCUAGGUCUAUCCAAGUGUAUCUUUAUGAACAGAAGACGGCCAAAUACAACCCACUGCUCAAUAGAGCAAUCAGACAACCAUUUGGAAAGUCAUUGGGCCAACUUGUCGAUUUUGCUGCUAACUCUUGGGACGACGAUAUCCUUCGCAUUCGUGAAUGUCUCAUAAAACUCGAAAAGGACUGGCCAAUACUUGGUUCGGAACACCCAUGCCCAUAUCACUUUUCACCGGAAGAGCUUCACCAACAUUGGGUGGAUGGAGAAGGGUUCAACGAGACACAAGAUUUCUGGGAUCAGGUUGAGGGACUAGUGAAUAGUAGCGGUUGGACUACGAACGAAGAUUUUGAGGAAGCAGUGGACUAUUUCUGGAAUUUACGGCAAAUUGGUUUGGAGAACCUGGCUGGAGAUGAACGAAAAGAGUUUGAGCAGCAGACUCGUUGGGUUCUCGAUCAUCGUGCCGAUUCCUGAGGGCCUCUGGCGAGGCGAUGUGAUGAAGCUGGUCAUUUCCGCCGUGUCGACGUAGGCCUGUCGAUCGAUGUAGGCCUACGGACUAGGUCCAUAGUAUAGUGCGCGGGCGAAUGGGGGCAAUUGGGAACAUGAACAGCGAUUGGUAUUUUUGAAUAUCACAAGCACGAACACCAAGUCUUCAGGAAUGCAAGAUCUGACCCAAACCCCCGGAAUCUCGCACCGUAGUCCCGAGUCAGUGUCCCGAGAUCGUGGGGGGACUCU